AUGGGUGACUCGUAUCGUCCUUCGCGGCGCGAACCUCCGCCACCAAGAAAGCUGCAAGAUCGCGUCACUUUCGGUGAUGGCGGUCGCGACAACCACCGGCCAGAUUUCACUUUUGAAUCGAAGCAUUCCGCACCUCAUUUCCCGCCUUCAGGUCCUGCAAACGGAGCGCCGCGCGGGCCUGCUAGGAACAACCGUGGUGGAGGCAACCGCGGGGGAAGGCGCGGCGGUGACCGUUAUGGCAGAGGCAACUCCAAUGGCUCGCGCCGUGGUGGCGCGUACUACAAACCACCUGCGCCGCACGAGCGCGCAUUGCUUCAGCAUCACGAUGAUGGCGAGGAGCAUAUGUAUGGUGUCUCCCAUGGCCCCAAUCGCUUCAUGAACAUUGAUGACUUGUCUGAUCACGACGAGGCCGACAUGGACGAGAGUGGUGACUCGGCCAACGGUGACGGCGCGAAAGGUGAAGGGAGUAAACACAAGGUAGCCCGAACGAUGGCCCCGCGCAACGAUGGCGAUUCAGUACCCAAGUGGUCUAAUCCCGAUCCGUACACUUCUCUUCCGCCUCCCAGCGAGACGACUGGAGUCAAGAUGGAUGUAGUCCAGCUCAUCCGUAAGGCGAAGAACGCAGCUGCUGAGAAAGCAAUCGGAAACGGCGCUGUUGCCGCCAACGAUGACUUUAUCUCGUUUGCCGACGACGUCAGCGAGGAUGGAGAAGUCGACGAUGAUUCUGAUGUGCAGAUAUUAGAAGACGAAGAGCCUAUUCGAGAUCGGCGCAACGGCAAUGCAUCUCGGCGCUCGGUGCAGGGUUCCCUGAAUGACCUGGACCACGUCGCCAACACCGUUGAUGAAUCUCGUCAGAACGGCUACGAUCGUCAGAACGGCUACGACUCGUACCCCCCACCACAGCCAGGUUCGGGCAUGAAGCGUAAAGGCGGUAAAGAUGUGCCCAUAGUUUCUGACUGGGUUUUGAACUCGCGCAGCAGUAACCCCACCCCGUGGGCUGCUAGUUCUCAGACAUACAAACAUCUUGCCAAGGAACCUAAAAAGUGGCUACACAACGAGAUCCUCGACUUCUACGAGUGGGUGGCUCCGCAGGAAUACGAACACAGCGCUCGUGAUAAGCUUGUCCAACGCAUCUCGAACGCGUUGAGCAGCCAGAGGUGGUUCCCUCAGGACAAUGGUCGUAUUCUAUGCUUCGGAUCAUAUCCGGCUGGACUCUACCUUCCCACAGCUGACAUGGAUCUUGUGUAUGCGUCUGACAGACUUUACAACGGUGGUCCUCCAGUACUAGAAGCUGGGGUUGACAAAAACGCAUUCACCAAAACUCUACGCAAGGCAUCCUACAGACUCCAGAAGGUAGGUAUUGCGGCCAAUCCAUUCGUGAUAGCCAAGGCGAGAGUACCUAUCAUCAAGUUCAAAGACAAACUUACUGGCCUCGACGUUGAUAUCUCAUUCGAGAACCUUAGCGGUGUACAGGCGCAGGCAACCUUCGACAAGUGGAAGAUCGAUUAUCCAGACAUGGUUUACAUGGUGGCUCUUGUCAAGCAGCUGCUGGUCAUGCGAGGCUUAAAUGAGGUUCAUACCGGCGGGCUGGGAGGUUUCAGCAUCAUUUGCCUGAUUGUCAGCUACAUCCAGCAUUCCCCGAAGGCGGAUAACCUCGGAGAGUGCUUCAUGGGCUUCCUCAAGUACUACGGCAAAGACUUCGACCUAGCCAGGAAGCGCAUUCAGAUGAAUCCCCCAGCCAUACUGGACAAGUCAAACUACGGUAUUGAUGGCCGAGAGGAGACGGACACCGGCUUGUCAAUUCAGGAUCCCAACAAAUUGGACAAUAACAUCUCCGGUGGAUCGCGUAGAGCUCCAGAUGCAUUCAACGUCUUCUCAGCGGCGUACGACACUUUGUAUGAUCGUCUGAGAGCUUCGGAGCUUGGCCAAAACAUUGGACCCAGCAUUCUGGGAUCUAUCAUCGGCGGCAACUAUAACUCCUACCUAGACCAGCGUCAUCGUCUGAGGACCAUUCAUCAGGACGACUAUGAUUCCGAAGAUGAGCACACCGCCAUUCCUCAGAAGAGCAAGGAUGCAUCGGCGAAGAAGCAGUAG